AUGGAGACAAUUGUUGGAAUCAACAAAUUCUUGAUGGGCUGGGUCAGGGAUCUACCAGAACAAAUCCUUACUGUUCAGAUUGAAUAUGAGCAUUCACUUCUUCCAACAAACUGCACUGUUAAUCACGAAACCUAUGUCACCAGUCUACGCAGCCGACGUGCAAGUCAUGUCAAGACAGACUUGAAGAAACCGAGCACAACCUUUGUUCAGCCUGGCGAAAAGUUUACAUUCAGCUUGGCAUAG